UGCAUGGUUGUCUUGUAUGCACCGUUCCCGACACCCUCACUAACCCCCCUUGCCGAAAAGAUGGCGGGCGUAUGGCGGGUCACGUGCCUUCUUGAAUGUCUCGGACCACGUGCAAGUGUUUCUGUGUGGUGCUCAUUACUGUUCUCCUGCCCAUCUUUGUUUUGCAUUUGCCACCGGCAGGUAAAUCUGGUGCGCCGACCUCUGCUCAAAAUAAACGGUACGGCAGGUCUAAGACUUACAACAACAAACCGUGGGCUCUUGACUGGGUAGGCGGUUUGCAUAAACCGGGGUGUGGGGCUGUUAUCUUCUUGAGCGAUGACAAUGGCGCCACUUGGUACUGUUUUGGGGGUGCGGAGAAAUCCGAGGCGGGCAGGAAGACCUACGAAGGGAGGACGUUCAGGACCUUCUUCCUCACGUCCGUCUUCGACAGCGCUGGGACGGACUGGGUCAAGGAAGACAAGAAGGUCUCCCUUGACCUGCGUCUCUUCCCAGGAUAUGGCGUCAAGGCUUUCUCCAUGAAAGCGUUUUACGUGCGUGGGGACGGAACUGAAUUCCGAAUGCUUUCUCCGGAAGAAUUUCUCAGCAAAACAAACGCCAACCGCGUCACUGGCUGCCUUCCUGUUGUCGACAGUUCUUUUCGGAUGAGCAAACCUUUGGUCCAAUUCAACAGUCUGAUGGACCUGCUGCCAGGUGUGGUUAAGCGGUAUAGGGAAGACUUCUCGAAGCUGCCGCCUGAUCAACAAACGGACUGUGUUUUUUUUCCCUUCGAGGCGGGUUCCAAGAGCAGGCGGCAAACCACGACAGGGAAGACAAAGCAGUUGCCGGGUGGGCCGUCGGGCGCGAAUCUUCCCUCGCCCUCCGUGAGGGGAGGUCGUGAUUUGGCUCAAGGUUCAAGCGAGGCAACGGAGUUUGAUGACAGGCUUCUGCACCAGCGCAAUGUGGGCCGUGAGAAUUCCCAGGGCAGUGCAAUUGCCCUGGACGAGGACAACGACGGGGACGAGGAAGGAGGAAGUGUCGGGCCGCAUAACGACGGCGGUAAUGAAGCAGAUGUGGAAGUUGGGGAUGACAACAUGGAGGACCGGGGCGGGCUUGCUGACGAGGACGCCGACACACCAAUGCAUGGUCAUGACAUCUCCCCCGCCGGCGCUGUGGGAGCCGCUAUUGGUCAACCCUCGACGUCUCGUGGAAUUUCGCUAUCGCAAAGCAGGAGUAAGGGUGGGCACGACUCACAUGCAAUGCAAGGACCGAAGGCGAGGAAAAGGACAAGGGAGACUUCUCCGUCUGCUUUUACUCACAAGAGGCAAGCCAGGACUGACGUUGUUAAUGAGGCUCGUGGAGCUUUGACAGCGUCCCAGGAGGCACGGCCUCCUCGGAAGAACAGCCAAGGGGGGCGAUCUGGGGGUCAAGGUGAUGGCCGUGGGGGCGGUGGCUGUGGAGGGGCGCGGAAAGGCUCCCAGAGGGUGAGACCACAAGAGCUGCGGGACUCGGGGGAUGAGGGCGAGGGAGUGGAUCCUCGCAUGCCCGAAGAUGCUGAUGAGCCGGUUCAGCGCGUCGCGCCCAUCGACACUACGCGUUGUUUCUUCCUCGAAUACGACGACCAAGGCUUUGCUACGCAAGACGUCCAUGCUCUUCACGUGGACGUCAUGAGAAUCAAACGCAUUCCUCGCAGAAGGAUUCUUUUCAACCACCGCUCGUUGUCUGAAAACAUUGUGCGAGGCAUCGAGAAUGCCAUCGAAAGCUCCAUCGGCACGGACCCGGGGGCGUGGGAUAGGCCCGAGCUCGUGCUUGCGCCAGUUGAUCGCAAUGACAUUGUCGGCGGCCAGGGAAGACGGAUCACGCCGACCGAAUUCUUGGAAAGGGACCUGGCAGAGUUCAACUGGUACGCUGUCUGUGGUCAGCAUACCGUUGAGGCCAUGAAGAGAUUGGUCAGAAAGGGUUCCCCGGCAGUUAAAGUUUAUGGCCUCAACGCGUACUCUAAGGUGCGGGUCGUCUAUUUCGGAGAUGAUCAAACACGAGGGUAUUUCAAUGUCUCCUGCUUUGACAACACACGUGAAAAUCGCUCCAUGAUGUUGUCAUUCGAGGACGCUGUCCGUGACAUCAGGCAAUGGUGGUUAGACAACAAUAGAAUCGAGGCCCCGAAAGCCAAGGUCAGCGAGAAGGAUGAGGUGGUCGUUGCACAUCAGAAGACGUGGCAGAACUUCUUGAGGGCUUGCAUGGGGAAGGCAUGCGACAAGGCGUUUGUAAAGCAAGCUCUCGAGAAUGAGUACAGUAAGGAUUGGAGUAAUAAACUCCGGGGCUACAUGAACCUCGCCACAUCCAGUGUCGCAGUGUGGCCGCUGGUCGAGAGUUGCGUUGCUCCUGCUCAUGAAGGGGAAGGUGGUCGCAACGAACGUCAAGGUCUUGCUCCAAGAGUGAACACAAAGUGUCUCCUCGACAUCAUGCGAAAGGAGCGGUACAUGGUGCGUAUCCGCGCCGAGGGAAGGGCGGACGACGAAUGGAACGACGCGUUCUUUAUGUCGUACAAGGACCUUGAAGAAAAGUAUGGGCCAAACGGUCUGUGCGCUGCUGAAUGGGAGAAGGAACGGGACAAGUUACAUGUCAAUAAGGUGAAGAUGGUCCCUCGACGACUUGGAGGAGUGGAGGAGGCAAGGCAAGGUGCGGGCUUGGGGCCUACGGCGGCAAUGUAUAAGGAGGCUCCGUUUCACCUUAAGGUCUUCAUAUACACUGCAAUUGAUAAGCUCGAUUUGCUUCGCGCCGAGGUGAAACGGAUCGCCUCCAGCGCGCGUCAUAUUGUGUGGGACAAGAUUGGCAAACAAACGACGUUGCUACCUGUGUGCAUGCCAUCGAAGGAAGUGUUGGCAGCGCCAGACGACAUCGUCGCUGCAGCGCAAAAAAUGACAUGCAGGGCCGCCAUCGUGGACAUCCCAUCCUCGAACUUCAGCACGGCGUGGACCUCUCGCGAAUUUGAUGCCUUGCAGGCAUUGAUGACCAAGUGUUGUGGCCAGAAUUGGAUCAUUUUCUUCUUUGCACCGCAAAAGGUGCAAAGCGAUGUUCUGCGUCACUUGUUCCGCUGGGAGGACGUCGAAGUCAUCCCCGGGACCUGGAAACAGGUGGACAGGCCACCGAACGACAUCACACGAUACGGCAAUAUGGCUACGACGAGUCGAGAUAUGAUGGUCAUUGUCCUGCACGCCGACGGAGGGGAUCUGAAAAAAGUAACUGUCAAACCCCGACUCCAAAAUGACCUCACAACCGUGCACGUUGUGGAGGAGAAGUUCGGGAAGUGUCAAGGUAACUACGGUGGGAUAGAGGGCGAUGAUAGUGUGGUGUAUUCCAUCUGGGAGCGAGAGCCUAGAAAGUUACGUUCGUUGUGCGGGUCGUUUGUCGGAGAGGCGGAAGGUAAUAAUGUCCUUGCCUGCGACGAGUCGGCCAAGGACAUUGCAUAUCUGACAAAGUUCGUCGAUAUACUUGUGAAGGAUGAGAGAUUCGCCUGUCAUGUCGAGAAGCCACGUUACAAACAUCGUAGGAACAGGGACAUGUUCCACAAGUUGGGACGCAAGAGACUGAAGGUGUGGGAAUACAUGUUCCGCGAUGCGCCACAAGGACGGCUUGACGGGAAUUACAUCUACAGGAAAGCAAAGGUGACAAAGACCCUGAAACAUUAUCGCGGUGCUCUUACUGGCGCCUUUGAGACUUUUGUCGCUCGAUGCGAGAUCCUGAAGUUCGAUCUUCAUAAAGACCAGCUGAUGUCCAAGGACUACGCUGACCUCGCGAAAUCGGGUGACGGCUUUAACCCCGUCGACAGCGAGGAAGACUCUUCCGGGUCCGACCUCGAAUUGAGCGAUGGCAAGGGUGGUGAAGGUCCGGGCGGUGGCAUGGUGCGGUCACACGAUGAAGGGACCGUUCGCUCGCAUGAAAGACCCGUACAGGUGGCCGCCCCCAGUGUUGGCUCGAUGGUGGCCCCCAUGGAGGGCACCGGUUUGCCAAACAUGGGAAUAUGUGGUCCCAAUGAUGAAGAUGACAUUGAUAUGUCAGGCGAGGCGUUGAAGCUCGCACCAGGCAAUCCAAUUCCUCCCGGCUAUUGUGUUGAUCCGACCACAAUUUAUUUCUUGGGGGGCAAACAUGCUCGCACUGGUGAGGACAAAUGGGGCCAUGACAUCGUGUGGCAUGAGGGCAUUUUUUAGCCCUGCAUCCAAGAUGGGGAGUGGAAGAUGGCGGUCAAAUACACACGCGGAUGGCAGACGUUUCGCCGGAUGCCAAAGGACACUUGGCUGAAAACGAUGGAACUCGCGAUUAUGUACCGCGUGCAAAAGGAGAAUCCGGGGAAGAGCGAGGGUGCUGUCAAAGACAAGGCCAAAGAAUUAUUUUCUGUAUUGCGAGACAAUCGGCAGUUGGAGUAUAGUUGGAAAUUUUACGCCCUGCGAACGAGUCCCUCAUGUGGGUCAAUCGACUGAAAGGUCAAUCAAACUAUCGAAACCAU